UUCACUUAAUCUUUUACAACGUAAUAAAACAUAUCUUUAUCAAGUUGUUCAUUGUUUUGCAUAUUUUAUAUAUAUUGUGAAAAAUUUACCUGAUAUUGAGUUUUCUGAAAAUAUGAUUUCACGAUUAGAAACAAGAUGGUCUACUUGGGAACAACCUCUUUUUUUUUUAAGCUUUUUGCUAAAUCCAAUUUAUCAUGGAGAUAAAUUUAAUCCUCAAAUUAAAAACCUUACUUAUACUCAUUUUGAAAAAUGGUUAAAUUACUAUUACUAUUCUUGGUUUAAAAAAGAACCUAUUACAUUGCUUCAGGAACUUGAAAAUUAUAGAUGUAAACAAUAUUCUUUUACUUGUUUUAUAUUUCAACAAUAUGAAUCUGUUUUAGAUUUUUGGGGUGGUGUAUCAGAAAUGGCUCCUGAAUUAGCUUUUAUUAAGUCUUCUUGGGAUUUACAAGAUGAAACUCGAUCAAAUAAAAGUGAAAGUGAUUAUAGCAUUUCUUCAUCAAAAGAUGAAAAUACUAAAAAAAUAGUAAGUAAUUCUGAGGAUAUUGAAUCUGAACAAGAAUGGAAAAAAAUAGUCGAAAAUUGGUUUGAUAUGCUAUUAGAGGAAAACAAUGAAUAUUAA